UUCUUAAUUUAUAUUUUAGAUUAAGAUUAAGAAGAAAAAAAAAAUAGAUGCCCUACUUUCACCAUCUUCUUCCUCCUCCUAUUAGAGCCGUCGACCACCGCAUCUGCCGUCUUGUCUUUUCGCCGGCGACGAGCAGCAGUCUCGAUAACAGACUCAGGCCACCAUUUUUCGCGUCUCAUACGAUUCAUACCGACAUGCUCUUCAUCCACGUUCGACACCGGAGCUAGCCCACCCCGUUAACACCCACUUCCAACAAGUUUUAAAGCACUUUUUCUUCUUCGUUUGAGACUCCAGCGUGAUGCGUCACGUUUUCGAUGGCUGGUCAUCUUGCAGCAACUUUUUGACUUGGACUUAGGCUUUUGAUUGCUAUUCCAUUGGCUUCAAAUCAGUUUACUUUAAGCUCCAUAUCUGUAAGUUCAGAGUUUUUCGGUCACCAAUCAGCAAGGUUCCGACCCUUUUCGGGUUAUCCAGAUAUGCCCAUUUUUGUGCUUUGGGGAUUCAAUGGUAUUUUGUUGUAGCCAAAAUUGGAAUUGGCAGUACACACUUAUUUGUGAGAAGAUACAUUUUUGGGGUUCUACAUUCUUUGGAAUCAAGAUUCAUGUUUGUGUUGUACUCACAUGGCCUCACAGCGGUUAUAAGUGUUCAAUUCAUCAUUUCCAAGUUCUACACGAAUGGUUGAGCAAUAGCAUGCCAUUGAAACCUCUGAAACCCUCAAUUUCAUUUGCUCAAUUUACUCAAAUCCAUGCCAAACUCCUCACAAAUCCAAAACCCCAUAUUUUCAACCCUUUGCUCGGUUCUUUGGUAAACUCCAUUUCCCCUGAAAAUGGUCUCUUCCUCUACAACCAAAUGCUUCACUACCCAUCUUCCCACAACCACUUCACCUUCACAUAUGCCCUCAAAGCCUGUUGCUUCCUUCAUCAAACCCAAAAGGGCCUCGAAAUCCAUGCCCAUCUCAUCAAAUCAGGUCAUCUUUCUGACAUCUUCAUCCAAAAUUCUCUGCUCCAUUUCUACAUUCUCCAUGGUGAUGUUUCUUCUGCUUCUCUAAUCUUUGAUUCCAUCCCUAACCCAGAUGUUGUUUCUUGGACUUCAAUCAUUUCGGGUUUUUCCAAGCUCGGUUUUGAAAAAGAAGCUCUGGGUAAGUUCUUGUCCAUGAAUGUGAGGCCUAAUUCUACUACUCUUGUCACUGCUUUAUCUGCUUGUUCUAGUCUUAGACGUCUCAAGCUUGGGAAAGCUAUACAUGGGCUUAGAUUGAGGACUUUGAAUGAGGAAAAUGUUAGUUUGGAAAAUGCCCUUCUUGAUUUUUAUGUUAGAUGUGCGUAUUUGAGGAGUGCAGAGAAUCUGUUUGAAAAAAUGCACAAAAGAGAUGUAGUGUCUUGGACGACAAUGAUUGGGGGCUAUGCACAGAGUGGAUUGUGUGAAGAGGCUGUGAGGGUAUUUCAAAACAUGGUUCAUGCGGGAGAGGCUAUACCCAACGAAGCCACUCUAGUUAAUGUAUUAUCUGCAUGUUCUUCCAUAUCUGCUCUGCAUUUAGGUCAAUGGGUGCAUUCAUAUAUCAAUUCUAGGCAUGAUGUGAUAAUUGAUGGAAAUGUUGGAAAUGCUUUGAUUAACAUGUAUGUCAAAUGUGGCAAUAUGGAAAUGGCAAUUUUGAUCUUCAAAGCUAUUGAGCAUAAGGAUAUCAUAUCAUGGAGUACAGUUAUUAGUGGGUUAGCCAUGAAUGGCCUGGGAAAGCAAGCUUUUGUUCUCUUCUCACUCAUGUUAGUCCAUGGAAUUUCUCCAGAUGACAUAACAUUUCUUGGCUUGUUAUCUGCUUGCAGCCAUGGUGGGUUGAUCAAUCAAGGCAUGAUGGUGUUUGAAGCCAUGAAAGAUGUUUAUAACAUUUCACCUCAGAUAAGGCAUUAUGCUUGUAUGGUGGACAUGUAUGGAAAGGCUGGGCUAUUAGAUGAAGCAGAGGCUUUCAUAAAGGAGAUGCCUAUGGAAGCUGAAGGCCCAGUUUGGGGAGCUUUGCUUCAUGCUUGUCAAAUUCAUGGGAAUGAGAAGAAGUAUGAGAAAGUUAGGGAAUGUUUGCUUGGAAGUAAAGGGGUUACAGUGGGAGCUUUUGCUUUGUUAUCAAAUACUUAUGCUAGUUGUGAUAGAUGGAAUGAUGCUAAUGAUGUUCGAGUUGCCAUGAGAAGUAGAGGGUUGAAGAAAAUGGCGGGAUGUAGUUGGAUUGAAUUGGUCAAUCCUUCAAAUCCUGUAGGUUAAAUAUAAGAGAGAUGGAUUAAGUUGGGGUGGGAGAUUGAACCCUCCAACUGGUAGGGAUGGAGGUCAUGUUAAUAUAGUCGAGAUAAGUUCAUUUUGACAUAUGUAGUAAGUUAUAUUUUUUUUGGUUAAAUUGUAUGUGUCAUUGUAUUUUUCUAUUGUACAUUUUCAAGUCGUAUAGAUUAAAAAUUUUGAAAA